AGCCAGUUUAGUUCCUUCCCCAUUUUGCGUCGCCUUCGAUUCGCAUCGCCUCGCGUUGCUUCCAACGAGAGGGAGAGCGGCGGCGGCGGCGAACCGAAUCGAAUCAAAUCGCGGCGAGCGACGGGCGGCGGCGGAGGCGGAGAUGGUGGACGUGUCGCGGGUGCAGAAGGAGCUGACGGAGUGCAACCGGGACCGGGAGGUCUCGGGGGUCUCCAUCGCGCUCCACGACGGCUCCACCAUCAACCACCUCACCGGCACCAUCGCCGGGCCCCUCGGCACGCCCUACGAGGGCGGCACCUUCGUCAUCGACAUCCGCCUCCCUGGCGGCUACCCCUUUGAGCCUCCUAAGAUGCAGUUCAUCACCAAAGUAUGGCACCCUAACAUCAGUAGCCAAAAUGGAGCAAUCUGCUUGGACAUACUGAAGGACCAAUGGAGCCCAGCCCUUACAUUGAAAACAGCGCUGCUUUCCCUUCAAGCUCUGCUUUCUGCUCCUGCACCUGACGAUCCUCAGGAUGCUGUUGUUGCACAACAGUAUCUACGUGACUAUUCCACAUUUUCUGCUACUGCACGCUACUGGACGGAGGCCUUUGCAAAGAGUACCUCCACCGGCAUGGAAGAAAAGGUGCAGAAGCUGGUUGAGAUGGGCUUCCCCGAAGACAUGGUGAGAAGUGUCCUGAAGAGUGUCAAUGGUGACGAGAACAUGGCUCUUGAAAAGCUCUGCUCUGGCUAAGGCCCCUAUGGCCGAUAUGAACUGUAAAUUAAAUCCCCAUUCGUUACAAGACAAUGUGAUUGCUAAUGCUCAAUGUUCUGCCACUUCAGUGUGGCCUUUAUGACACUCUCUAUAUAGGGCAUUGGACCAUUGGACUCUGAACUGAACCUAUCCCAAAUUGACAAAGUUCGUUCAUUUACUUCUCUUCUCUUCUGGUUUCUUC